AGAGAGAUGACAGUUCGCCGAAAUCUUUGUGGGCGAUUUACCAGAAAUGCUUACCAACAAGGGCUUCCUGAUUGCAGCUGGCUUCCCCUGCCCCCAAGGCACUGGGCGGGCCACAGCCUGUGCUGGGAGAAGUGGAAGCCACGCUCCAUCCCCUUCCCAGAGUGACAGGUGUCACUGAGCUCUGCAGGGGAGGCGGCCUCUUUCGCGGAGCCACUUCCGGGGUCUUCAUGCAGCCAUGGAUCUGGAUAAACCCUCCGUCUGGGGCUCCUUCAAACAGCGGACCAGGCCUUUGCUGCUCAACCUGAGCAAAAAGAAGGUGAAGAAGCACCCCGACAAACCCCCAGACUUAGGGGGGCGGCAUCGCCUGGAUCGCCGCCUCAGCCUCUCGGUCCCUGACCUCCUGGAGGCCCAGGCCUUGGCCCCGGAGGGUGGGCCGUACUCCGGGGCCCAGUCGUCCUACACCUCCGUGCCCAGCAGCCUGUCCACAGCAGGGAUCAUGUCCAAGAGCUGCAGCAGCUCCUUGAAACAGUCGGAAGAAGAGCUGGACUGGAGCCAGGAAGAGGCAGGCCACCUGCACACGGCGGAUACGGACUCUGAGGAGACCUUCGCCUCGCCGGCCGCGGACAGGAGGGCUUCCAGCAAUGGCCUCUUUGAUCUGCUCCAGAAGGCGCCCCCGGAAGAGGAUGCUCCGGAGGAUCCAGAGAAGCUCCGUGGAAGUGGUGAUCUCAAUGCGUCGACAACGUCCCAACAGUUUGAAGAACAGUCUACCCUCGGGGAAGCCAGCGAUGGCGUGAGCAACCUGCCCAGCCCCUUCGCCUACCUCCUCACCAUCCACCUAAAGGAGGGCCGGAACCUGGUCAUCCGGGACCGCUGCGGCACCAGCGAUCCCUAUGUGAAAUUUAAGCUGAACGGGAAGACGCUGUACAAAAGCAAAGUCAUAUAUAAGAACUUGAACCCGGUCUGGGACGAGAUCGUUGUCUUGCCGAUACAAAGCCUUGAUCAGAAGCUCCGUGUGAAGGUAUAUGAUCGAGAUUUAACUACAUCUGAUUUCAUGGGCUCUGCGUUUGUCAUCCUCAGCGAACUUGAGCUGAACAGAACGACUGAACAUAUUUUAAAAUUGGAAGACCCAAACAGUUUAGAAGACGACAUGGGAGUGAUUGUGUUAAAUCUGAACCUCGUCGUGAAACAGGGUGACUUUAAGCGACAUCGUUGGUCCAAUCGGAAGCGGUUAAGCGGAGGCAAGUCCUCGUUGAUCCGCAACCUCCGGCUCUCAGAGGCCUUGAGGAAGAACCAGCUCUGGAACGGGAUCAUCAGCAUCGCGUUGCUGGAAGGAAAGAACGUGCCGGUGGGAAACAUGGCAGAGAUGUUCGUCUUGUUAAAACUGGGGGAUCAGAGGUACAAAAGCAAGACACUGUGUAAGAGUGCACAUCCGCAGUGGCGGGAAGAGUUUGACUUUCACUACUUCUCUGACAGGAUGGGCAUCUUGGACAUUGAGGUCUGGGGAAAGGACGGCAAAAAGCACGAGGAGCGACUGGGCACAUGUAAAGUGGACAUCGCCUCGCUCCCACUCAAGCAAGCCAACUGCUUGGAGCUGCCCCUGGACAGCUGCCUGGGGGCCCUCCUGGUGCUGAUCACGCUGACGCCCUGCGGGGGGGUCUCCGUGUCCGACCUGUGUGUGUGCCCCUUGGCGGACCCCAGCGAGAGGAAGCAGAUCACCCAGCGCUAUUGCUUGCAGAACUCCCUGAAAGACAUGAAGGACAUCGGCAUUUUACAAGUGAAGGUUUUAAAGGCUGUGGACCUCUUAGCUGCUGAUUUCUCAGGGAAGAGCGACCCGUUCUGCUUGUUGGAGUUAGGCAACGACCGGCUGCAGACGCACACCAUCUACAAGACCCUCAACCCCGAGUGGAACAAAGUUUUCACCUUCCGUGUUAAAGAUGUCCACGAUGCCUUGGAAGUGACAGUGUUUGAUGAGGACGGCGACAAACCCCCGGAUUUCCUUGGGAAAGUCUCCAUUCCCUUGCUGUCCAUUCGAGAUGGACAAACGAAUUGCUACGUAUUGAAGAAUAAAGAUUUAGAACAAGCUUUUAAAGGAGUCAUUUACUUGGAGAUGGACCUCAUCUAUAAUCCGGUCAAAGCCAGUAUCAGGACCUUUACGCCCAGGGAAAAGCGCUUUGUGGAAGACAGCCGCAAGCUGUCCAAAAAGAUCUUAUCCAGAGAUGUGGACCGCGUGAAAAGGAUCACCAUGGCGAUAUGGAAUACACUCCAGUUCCUGAAAAGCUGCUUCCAGUGGGAGUCCACGCUGAGGAGCACCAUCGCGUUUGUGGUGUUCCUGGUCACGGUGUGGAAUUUUGAGCUGUACAUGAUCCCCCUGGCCUUGCUGCUGCUCUUUGCCUAUAAUUUCAUCGAACCCACAAAGGGGAAGGCGAGCAGCACCCACGACUCCCAGGAGAGCACGGAAGUCGAUGACGAGGAGGAUGAAGAUGACAAGGAAUCCGAGAAAAAGGGCAUCAUCGAAAGAAUCUACAUGGUACAGGACAUCGUUUCCACAGUUCAGAACAUCUUGGAGGAAGUAGCUUCCUUUGGAGAAAGAAUUAAAAACACGUUUAACUGGACGGUCCCGUUCCUUUCAUUCCUGGCCUGUGUGGUGCUGGCGGUCGCCACCGUCACAUUGUACUUCAUCCCACUUCGGUACAUCGUGUUAAUCUGGGGCAUCAAUAAAUUUACUAAGAAGUUCCGAAAUCCCUAUGCCAUCGACAAUAACGAGCUACUAGAUUUCCUCUCCAGGGUACCAUCUGAUGUUCAAAAGGUGCAGUACGCGGAGCUGAGGCCCUGCAGCAGCCAGAGCCCCCUUCGCAAGAAGCGCAGUGGGCUCUAGGACACGCGCUGCCUGUGGCCGCCAGCACCCCGCUCUGGGUUUGGGCGAUGGGGCCCACGGUAUGGCUCUCUCGGUGACACCGCGGUCAGUGCCGUUCAGACACGUGUCGUGUGGUGCCCUGUCUGUCGUCUCCCCCCUUCUUCAAGCGCACAGAUGCACACACGCACACGGGGACGUGCACACGCGUGGAUGUCCUAGCGGCACAGCGGGCCAGCCCAGCAGGAGGAGGCGAUCCGGAGACUGAAAGACUCACAUCCCUUCUCCUAGAGGAGAGAAAGCAAGCCUGCCGCGGGGCUGAACAGCCAGGAGACUCCUUGCAUUAGAGAGGGACUUUGAACUUGUGCUCACACCUCCAGCGGCCGGUUCUCAUGAGGAUUCCCUCAUUUUCACUCCCCACCCCCACGCUCCUUUCCGAUGAUGGUUCCUGUGAGUCCGUGGUUGUUGUUUUUCCCCCCUCUGAGCUAACAAGUCUUUGAUAGAAGCCAUCUACCCAAGGAACGCAUCUUAUCAACAGACUAGAGGCCCGAUGCAUGAAAUCUGUGCAAGAGUAGGCCUUCCCAGCUGUGGCAGCUGCCUCGAUCCC